AUUCGUUGUUGCUAAUCGUGUCGAAGCUGAGAAAAUUGAAUGUUGCGGGAAAUAGAAUUAAAAGAUAAACAUACAGCUUACAGGCCAUUUGAAUUGUUUCAUAAGAUAAUUUUCCAAUUGAUACGAUGACAACAUAAAUUAAACUAAAAACGCAAGUGAUAAUGGAUGUUCGAGUAUCCCUCAACACAGAUGAUAAUCUAUCCGUAGUUACUGGAGAUGGACAGAUGUCCUUCAUAGAAAAUGACAGCUUUUAUGCCAGGGUGCCCCCUCUAGCUGCAUCCACUGUUGGACGAACAAAGUCCAGGAGGGACAUGCAACCAGCAGAUAUGGGAUCUUUCUUGGAUGACACACCAGUGAGAGCUCCUGGUGCCAACAAUGGCAAUGCCCAGGUACAACUAUCCUUUAAUGCUGAUGAUAUGGGAGCCAGGCCUAAGGUGUCUAGUGGUGCCUACAGUAGGUCAGAUAAGGGCCUGGAAGCAGAUUGUGGAGGACAACCCCCAGGACUUGCAAAUGGAACUGACUGGUCAGUGGUAAAUGAUUGGUGUAGGGAACAUAAACAAGAUACUGACUUCAUGUCUGAUCAGGAUGGAAAAUCUUCUCUCGGCAUUAUAAAUGUUGAAGAGAUGGAUUUGUCAUCAAACAACUUAUUACUGGACUCACCAAGGGAAAAUUUGAGACAACAGACUUCCCAGACAGAUUCUUCUGUCCAAGGAAACGGUUCACAGCAUUCAACAUUGAAGGGACAUAGUUCUGCUGAUUCGAACCCAUGGCAUAUGGAGGGGUCGUCACUUAAAGAGCAGGGAUUAGCUGAUAGUAACGCCUGGAGAUCAGAUGGAUCAUCCAACAACAACAGCCAAGAUUCCAAACCAGACCAACCAUUUGCCAGAUCACAGUUAGGAACAGUGAAGAAAGUGGGAACUGGUCCCAUCAAAAAUGACCCAAUUGUAACAGCAAUACGUCAGUCACUGUUUAGUCAGGGAGCAGUAAUUGGAGAGGAGAAUGAGGAUGGUGAUGCCAGUGUGUAUAAUGUGGAAUUAGAGGAACAAGAUCUAAACGACCUGGACGCAGACUUUGAGGAGAUAAACUGUAGCAUUGGUGCUGAUAGCGAUGUAGAGAGGUCACCCAGUAAAACACCAACUAAUAAAGGAGAUGAGUUUCAGUUAGAUUCAGUAUACCUAAGGCCAGGUACGACAGGAGAAGAACAAACAACCAAUAAAUUACCAUACCUCAGUAAAGUGAGCCUCUUUGAUGGUCUAUCUGGAGGUAGUGGCAGCGAGAUGGAUACGGAAGAUGAGCUUGAACUUGCGAGGAAAGCACAGGGUGAGAGGCAUGAGGCAGCUGGAGAGGAUUCUGACGGUCACUCCAGACCAGGUUUAGAGGGCCUGAGUUUAACAGAUGAGAGUAGACAUUUGCCUAUCACCCAGCGUCAGUCGGCAGAGGGUAAUGUUGUUACUUCCCCUGUUCCUGGAGACGGUGGGGGAGGUGGCGACGGUUCCAGUGGAUCAGAUAGUGAAGAUGGCCGUAGCUCAGCUGAUCUCAGUGACAGGGGAAGAUCAAGUUACCAUGGUAACGCAGUACCACAACCUGCCCCUGGCCCUCGCACAUCACGUGAUCAGAAAGAGGAACAGAGAAUCCGACCAAUGGGAGACGACCUUCUGUCUGAUCUCCGAUUUAGCCAAUUUCCAUCAACAAGCACAGGUCAAGGUGACAGUGAUACACUAUUGAAUUCACGCUACCUGACUCCUGUCAGUCCCGCAGAUGAUACAAACCAGCCUAGUUUCAGUAUUGAUGACUUUCUAGCAGGAAGUCGGAAUGGUCAACCAGAUCAGGACUUUGACCCAGGAAACCGACUUGAAGCAUCCGGGUUCAAUGCUGAUGAUGCAUCUGCCCUUGAUAAAGGCUCAAAUUCGAACCCCUUUGAUGUAAAGUCUUCUUCAUUCGGAUCCUUUGGUUUAAAUGGAUCAGAAGGCUCAGGACAGGCACCUGAUGAUUCGAUAUUCUCUGGGGAAAUCAUAGAAGCUGGCUGGAUAAAUAAUCAGAGUCAGGAAAAUGAUGCUCCAUGGGCUGAGUUAGAGGGCAGUAUGAGAACCAGUCAGGGUAGUAAAACAAGCAGUCUGGAACGUCAGGCUAGUCUAGGACAUAGGAGUGCUGCGUCUGGUUCCCCUACAAGAAGCAGCAACAUGGAUCGGUACCAAGCUGCAGGAAGUCCCUCAAGCAGUAUGACAGGAUUACAGACACAGCAGCAGGGAACCAGUCAGUUUCAUGAUUUGGGAUUACCAUUUCUACAGCCAUAUACAAGUUCUUGUACCCAGCCAGAGGGACUUCCACAACUGCCUGAUACAAACAUUCUGCCUCAGAAAAGUUCCCACCUUACAGACAGUGAAAUAUUCAGGAAACCAACUCUUCCUGCUCCAAAAGCAGCCAACUUUUCUAAGUCAAUAGUAAAGUCAAAGCAAUCAUUAUCUCAGAGCAGUGGGAGUGAUUCAAGUCAAAAAUCGACCAGCUCCAGUAAGUCUGCAAAGUCCAGUUUUAGUGAUCUGGAGUUCCGCACCUCGCUUUCCGGAAGGACGGAAGAACAAAGGGCUGGUCUCCGGCGGGUGCCAAGCUGCGGGGGUACAAGUGCCAUGGAUCUUACGGUCAAUGAUGAGGACUUUUUUGGAAAUGCUGAUGGUAAUGCUAUGCUGGAUGCAGAUGAAGCAGAAUUUGAGGAAGAACAUGUUAUAAGACAGGAUGAUGCCAUGGUUGAUACAGGUUCUCCAAAUGAUUCCUGGGCAUACCGUAGCAUCAUGACUGUGGCGCGACCAUCGUGGCUUGAAGGUCCAGAGGAGGAGGAAGAGGUCUGUGUUCGAAUCUCUGUUGGGACGUUCAUGAGAGGUCGGACUGAAGCACUUGGGAGCCUAGAUGGUGAUGGUUCAAAUCCCAGGCCGGAUUUUGGCAUGAAUGUUAAAAGUCCACCAAAACCAAAGAGCCGCCCUGCCCGUCUAAUAGAAGAAGAUGAGGAAUCUGUGUUUGAAUCAACACGCUCAUCAGGAGUAGGGCAGUAUGGAAAUCAAACUCCAGCCCGUUCACAUAGUGAGAAGGAAGAAGAUAUAACUCUUACAAUGGACUCUUUGUUAAAGACACCCAAACCUCAGUCUCCACUGACAGUGAGUGCCCUAGAUGUCGGAGAGCUUGGUAUUAAAACUAUGAACGGUACCAUGGGAACAGGUGAUUCAACGAAGUUGAGUAUGGGUGAAAUCAGUAUGAUGUUGAAGGCUGCUGACACCAAAGCUUCCCAGUUCCAGAACAUGUAUGCUUCUAAAUCAAAAUCCAAGCCUGGGUUUCAGUCGACUUCAGGCAGCAGUUCCACAGUGCCGUCAAGCGUGCCAUCGCCAAUUUCAACAAUGAGUAAAAAUUCACCAACAAAAACAUCGCAAUUUCCGGUAAGGAAAGGAUCUGAUGUAAGUCGGAGUUUCCGUAAAGUCACAAAUUCUGAUACUUCCUUGUUAAAAAAUAAUUCCAAACAGAAAGAAAAAAGUACUGAUUCUGGAUUCAAGAGUGGUUCCCUACAUGACUCACUGAGGACAACGACAGAGUUAGAAAGUCAACCAGCAGAAACAAAUCAAAAUGCGUCGCCACGCUCACCAAAUCAAAGUUUUUUGAGUGACGAUAUUUGGUCAUCUCCCAAUGCAUCCAAUUACUGUCCUAGUUCUAGUGGGAUAAUGGAUAGAUUAGACAAAUUUAAGUUCACCGAUAGUGCUGGAGUAUUUCAUACAGAAUUGUCUGACGAUUUGAAAGAAAGGUUGAAAAGUACUAAAUCAUUGAGUUACACGGGUAAUAGUGAAUCUUUGAAACAUGAUAAUUUUGCACAAAAGGAUAGAGAAAAGACACCACCUCCAGAUGGCCAAACCAAUAGGGAUAGUGAUAAAAUUUUAACGAAUGUCAGAGGAAUUACCCCACAGCUGACACGUAAAUUUGGAGAUAAUUUUAAAACAGAUACGAGUGAUGCUAAGUGUCUUGAAAGUACGGGUAGGCAGACUAGGAAGGGUGCAUCUAGAGAAUCACCCGUCCAUGAUAAAAGGUUACUUGAUCGAGAUAUGGAAUGGUCACGCUUGGACGGCACUGACAUUGACCACGGGUACAUGCCUGGUCAUCAUAUUCCGGAUGGUACGGAAUAUAGCCAAAGAUCUGAUUACGCUCAUAUCAACCAUAAAGGAGAGUUGAGAGAGGAUGUUGCUGGUCUUGAUGACGUGGGGCUUGCUGAAUCUCGCGGUUUUGAUAUACUUAAGCAUAAAGAUUCAAAACCAAAUGAUCUCGAUACUGAAAACAGAGUGCAUAAACACAAAGCUGACAAAAUUGCUAGUGCUCAAAACAGACUGUCGGCAAAUUUAAAGCCAACACAAAGUAAAAGUCCAAUGAUAAGGACAACUGGUGGUAGUUCAAUGAAAACUCAGACUGUGACUCAAGCUCAAGGUAGAGAUAUAAAUGAUGACUCAAAAAAUACAGAGACACAGACUAAGCAAAGUGCUGAAAAGUUGGAGAGCUGGACUCAAACUUCUGUAGUGCUAGGACAAAGUGAAUCCACACAGUCAGAUCCGACAGAGCAUGUUAAUAUUCCUCAUAAACAGAAUAGUGCACCACACAGUGACAAGGAUAAAACUUUAAAUGUGUCUGGUAUUCCGCCACAGCUGCCAGUGUCAAGCUUUAAGCAUAAUCUCUUGCCAGAAAAUCAGUCAGCAGUGUCUGAAAAACCACAUUUAUUGACGAAACAGUCAUUAAUGCAGACUGAUUUUGCUCAAGAAAAUCUCAGGAGAGACUAUAGUGUACAGGUGAUGGACCGUAUUUAUUCUAGAAAUAGCACUGUACAUCAGGAAAACUUCCAAACAAUGAAUGCCACAACGUCAGACUCGUAUUUCUGCAAGCCUGGUAGAGACUCGCUAGAAUCCAACACUGACUGGCAGUAUUUGCAAGGGAGAGAAACCCUAGAUACUUUAGGUGGAGAUUUACCUAGGUUAAGUGAUAUCCACUCAAACUACUCAGAUUAUUCAGCAUUUAAACGACAAGCAUCAGCUCAAUCAACACCGUAUCCGCAGGGCGGACCCAUGUUUGAGAGACUGUGUGGUCUAGGGGGAGGGUCUAUGUACUCUCAGACCACACUCAUGGCUACCCCGAGUGGUAUGCAGUCCCAGCUCUCUACAGGGGCUCUCUCUGCCACAGAUGGAAACUUAGCUAGACACCUUCCUGACAGAACUCCAGCUCCUGCCACUCUGUGUCCUGUGGAAGCACCUGGUGUACUCAAGUUUUCUGAGGUCUGUUGUGUAGGCAUCUCCAAGAAAGAACUCCUACCAUUGAAGAACCCAACAGAUAGAUGGAUGGAAUGUAUUAUACAGGUGAAGUCACUUGAAAUAGAUGGUCGUCCAGCCAACCCUAGCAACUCUCCUUUUAAUCUCAGGCAAAGCAAGAUCAUCAUAGACCCAAGAAAAACCGAGGCUAUCCAUGUGAUGUUUUUACCAAAGUGUGCAGGAGCGUAUGUGGCACAUGUGCAGGUGUUUUCACAUUCGUUUGUGAAAAAAGACGACAUCUGCCGUGAUGUGAUUCCUGUCAAUGUUACGCUACAGGCUAUUGCUGAGGAUCCAUGGAUCACUGUAAAUGAGAAAGCUGGUGAGGGUUGUGAGAAAAGAAAUGUGAUUGACUAUGGUGAAAUUGUUUGGGGCUCCUGUGGGGAGAAGACAAUAUGUAUACGAAAUAAUGGACUAGCUACAGUACCCCUGAGGCUGGCUAUCAUGUCUAACAAAGGCUGGCACUGUUUCUCGUUUGAGCCGGAGGGUCGGGACUCGGAUAUAUCUAUCAUAUCUGGUCGGCAGCCACCCUUAUCUAGACAGGGCAGAAGUAUUGUCAACCUAAGCCUACCAGGGUCCAACCAGCCAUUUAACUACCACGAGGUGAAGGUCUGGUGUAGACCACCAGACAAACAGUGUACAAAAGCUUUAAGCAGACAACCACCAGAGAUAUUUAGUUGUAACAUUGAUGUAGAGGUUGACAUUCCCUGUUGUAAAUUUCCCAAACUGGCAUCAUUACUUCUCACAGCUACUGUUGGUGUACAGAAACUUCAUAUACAAUCUAACCUUAAGGAAAUUCAUUUAACAAGUACCCCAAAUAAAACACAGGAGACAAGUUUCAAAGUAUACAAUGCUGGAAAUUUGAAGUUACAUGCUGUUUUUGGAUUCUCGGCACAUAAACAGUUGUUCUCGGUAUCUCCAGCUUCUCUCACCUUGAAGCCUGGUGUCGAUGCUGAACUUAGUGUGGCAUUUAUGCCGACAGAGAUGUCCUCAAAAGCACUGUCCACGUUACUGCUGAUGUUUAUCCAACCUGAUGGACCAAUGUUUGAGUUGGCGAUACAGGGUGAAGUGAAACCAGAGGCAAGGAGGACACCAAAAUUACUCUGUGAUCAAACUAAAGUUGACUUUGGAGGUGUUCCUAUUGGCAAAACUUGUGUGAAGAGGUACAGACUGAUCAACAAGGACACCCAAGCUGUCAAAAUGAGUGCUAUGGUCAGAGCUGAUAACAUUUUGCUUGCCCGUUCAGCAGAUCCCGACACUAUAGGGAGUAAAUCGUUGGACUUGUACCUGCCUGCGGAGCAGAUAUAUCCUGUAUAUGUAUUGUAUAGUCCAAUAUCAGCAACUCAAGCUGAAGGUAGAGUCGUAAUGAAACCAGUGUCGUCUGCUGAUUCUCUUAAAUUUUCUGUUCUGGUAGCUGGUUAUGGAGGUGUAAGUAGAUUGUGUUGUUCCGAGGAAUCUACAACUGCAGCCAGUGUGAAAGGAUUCCCUUGUGUUGGCAUACAGAGUUUCUCACUCGGUAAAGUCAAGGAAGUAUCGGUACACAAUCUCGGAAUGCGAGCAGCACAAGUGAAGGUUGCUGUAUUUAAAGAUUUACAGUGUAGUGAGCGGAUGUUGAGUGGACAAGUUGUUGUACAGCCGAGUGAGUUUGUGAUCGGAACAGAUGAGAGACAGAAACUGGAGAUUGUUGUUAGCAUGACUGAGAGAGAGUUCAUGGCACAUGCUGAUUCACAGGGUGUCGGAGCAGUACUGUGUCUUGCAUACCAAGAUAAAGUGGACUCUGUAAAGCCAUACAGAUCUCAGUUAGUUGUUGGACUGGUUAAAGGUAUACAGUCAAAAGUUGUAGACAGUGUGACACGAACACCUAGUGUAUCUAGUCGAACCAUGAGAUUUACACAACAAGACUCUGAUAACACUAGAUAUACAGAAUACAAUCAGCUAACAGACAGGAGUGACAGUCUGAAUGUUACCAGUGAUAAAUGUAAGCCAGACAACACAGGGGGCUGGAGUUUAAAACCUCAACAGUUGAUUCUUUAUUGUUCCAGUAGGGGUCCUGGAGAUGAACUAGACAAGUUUUAUAUACAUAACAAUAAUAACAGAGAUAUCAGAUUUGAAAUAGCAUGGCCUGGAAAGAUGCUGUCCUUGACACCAGCAGAUGGUGUUGUCAAAGCAAGGGAGAAUAUGUAUAUAAGAAUUUUCCCGACAAGCCAGGUGUCACAGUGCCUCGACAAGUUACCAUGGUCCGGUACUGUCAUGGUUACAUGUGAUGGUGUGAUGAAGAGUCUUAAAGUUGAAAUAAGAAGAGACUACACAGCUGGUGACACAGUCCCAGAACCAGAUGAUAGAAGUCUGGUUCCCAUAUCUACCAACAUUCCACAUCCCAUAUCGGGCACUAACAGACUGGGCAACUUGCAUGUUUCCAGAACUUUAGUACAGUUUUUGCCAACAAAAGCGGGUAAAAUGUCAGAGGAGACACUAGAAUUGACAAACUUGAGUAACGAACAUUUCCGAUGGAUGUUCUCAUCAUUUGCAUCACCUUAUCUUAGAAAGAAUGAAGAGAGCAGUAAAGAGGUUUUCAGAGUAUCGUAUAAAGUGUUUGACUUCUCUAGACAGUUUGGUAAACUCACGCCUCAAGGAACAGUCCAGUUGACUCUACAGUUUAUGCCUCGAUCAACAGGAACAUUUUCACAGUACUGGGACUUACAAACAAGUGGUAAUUCCAGGAGCGAAUGUUCAAGUACGCGGCAGGAUUAUAUACGCAUACAUUUCACUGGAGAGGGUCUAGAAGAUACUGAAACCAAUAGUAACAGUAAAUCUGCGGUGCUUGAUGUGGAGAACUUGCUACCAAAACUAGUCAGUGAGAAUGCAUGGUUACGAUUGUCCCAGGAUGUGCUCGAGUUUCCAACAGUCAAACGAGGAGAGUCCAUAAAAAUGAAGGUAGACAUGAAGAACAGCCAUAUGGAGGAAGUACAGGUUGAAGUGACUGCACCAAAGCCACCAUUUCAUAUGAAACAUCCAAGGUUUAAAGUUGCGAAGAAAAGAUACAUCAAGUUGCCAGUUGAAUUCCGACCAACAAGGGGUGGCAGUUUCAGUGAUGUGGUUAAAUUCCAGAGCUCAAAGGGAGAAAAUCUAGUCCUGAAGGUCAUUGGAAACUGCUUCUGAUCAUUUAAAUAUUUCAUGUUUUGUAUGUGAAACAUCAGUAGAGUUAUUUCCAUCCACAAGACUGUAAUUUGUUGUUGAUUGGUUGUUGGUUUCCAUGACUCAGGAUGAUACACCUAUACCAUGCAGCUAGUGUUUAAUUUAAGGAAUACCUUACAUGUUGUGUAUAAUUAAUUGGAAGUAAGUGUCAAUAGAAAUAAGCAGCAAGUAUUACUGGUAGUCAAGGAAAAGAAAUAACUUCUGUUAAAACACAUUAACUGCAAAAAGGUGGAAUAGAGAGUUUAUUUUGAGAAAGAUGUGAUUUCUAUAGCUGGAUUGUAGAUACUUGCUUGUACCCAGACAUAAUCUCAGUAGGACUGAUGGAUCUCAAUUUAUAAACAGUGUUAAAUAGGUUUUUGCCAUGAUUCUUAUAGACAGCAAAUUAAACUGUAAAAGGUAAAGACUUGCUGGCAGAAUAUAUUGUUGAAUUAAGUGUAAAUUCUGUGAUAAACCACUUUGUGAUACCUGGAAUAAAUAUAUGUAUUAUGGAAACAAAUAUGUCUCAGUCAGAACUACAUGAAAUGUUAACUUAUUUAAAGUUUGUUAAUUUGGGAUAAUUAUCCUCCCCUUAUUUACUAUAUUUAUUAGGUUUAUAUUGAAAUAGGUAGGUUUUUUGUUGUAAGUGUUAUGUCAGAUUUGAUUAGGUUCUAUAGCUUGACGAUAAUGAAGCGGUGAAAUUGUAGUAUAAAAUAGUAUGCAAGAAUUGUAAUUAUAUGGGAAAGGAUCAAUUUAGUUUUAAGGUUAUUGAUCUCACCAGUUCUAAAGUAAUGUUAACUGAACUUCCCUAAAACUGUUAUGUAUUUCAACCCCUGUAAAAAAAAAACAGGCAUGUCUUGAAGAACUAUGAUGCAUAUGUACAAAAAAUGAUUAUGACAUGGUUAUAUAGUGCAUCAAGAUAGAUCUGAAGUAUUUAAUUGUAUUAUUCUUCCUUGCAUGUUAGGAUGUUGAUUAUAUCAGAAAUAAGUGUAUAUCUAGAUAUAAUAGUUGGAGUCUGUUUCAUGAUAGUGGAUAAAUUUUUGUUGUAUGCUGAGGAAAUUUAAAUCCAUAUCAGUAGAUAAUUUCAGUUUUGUGGAUAUACUUCUACUUACAAGGCUAAGUUAAUCUUGCACCCAUUUAAUCAGGACUAAUAGGGUCUUAACACUUGGUUUUGCUGUAACUGUGUGAUUCCAGCAGGUAUGCAAAUUUUGAUUCCAUACCUCAUGUUGUUUUUUUUUAGAUGUAAAUGAGAUGUGGAACCAAAAUUUGUAGUCCUGUUUGGCGCCAUAUAACCUAUACUGUGUUGGUGCACCAUAAAACACAAAUAAAUAAUCAGGACUGAUUUAAAAUGGUGACUUUGGAGUGUGUGGGGGGGAUAAUAACUCUUUUAUAUAUGCAAAAAGCAUUAUUGAUUAAAAUGAGGAAUGUUGAAAACAAUUUCAUGUGUGAACUAUGUAUGGAAUUAUUAUUAUAGGUAUCAGUUCAUUUGUAUCAUUAUUCAGUUAUUUAUUGCAAUCAUAUAUCAACCAUUCUUUUGACUUGCUGUUUCAUAAAUCAUCAUUUGCUAGUUUUCAUACAUUGAUAUUAACCUUUAGCCCGCUGGCAGCAAGUGGUUCUGCCUUUGCGACCAGUGCAGACCAAGAUCAGUCUGCACAUCCGUGUACACUAUUCAGUCAGUCAAUGAAAACUCCUCGAAUAUUAAAUGGUAUUGCCCAACUGAAUGAUGGAACAGUCCAUUUUAGAAAUUUAACAAGCUAAAAGUUGAGGUAACUGUAUCAUAUUUAAAUACCAUAACUGUAGAAUAUUGUACAAUAGAGUUGAAUGAAAUGUAAACAGUAUUACAGUAGUAUAUGUUGGUGCUAAUAAAUGAAUGGUAUUAACACAGGUAGCUAUAAACAAAAGCUGUUUUGACAAAAUUCAAUGUUGUUUAUUUAUUCAGCAUAUCGUGAAUCUGCCAACCCCAUAUUUUAUAGUAGUUUUUCAAAGUUCCAGGUUAUAAAAAGUUUACCAGUCCCCAGAUUUGUGGAGAGAAUGAUGUUUGCUAUUUUAUUACAUACUCGUUUUUUAUUCCCCGUUAAGUUACACUGGUACCGGAAACGUCAAUAUUUUUCCAUACACUGACGCCUGAGUUUCAUAUCGGGUGCGUGACGUAAUUCAGUAUGUGUUGUUGCACUAUUUCUUUCUAUUUAGUCAAGUAUUGUCAAUCCUAUUCAGACUAUUGAACAUAUUUAUGAUAUUUAUACACGUAGAUGCGUAUGUAAUAAAAAGGUUAUUAUCUUUGCAUCGGGAAAUAUGCACUUGUUCUUCAGCGGAAGAAUAUUGCGCUCCUAAAGUCGCGCAGUAUUUCCACUGAAGAACUCGUGCAUAUUUCUUGAUACAGAGCUAAUAACCUAUAAGUAUUAGACUUAAAUUUUCAAAGACAAUUCUUCAUAGUUAGUCAGUGGCCUUGAAACACUAAACAUACUAAUUGUAUUGAAGAAAUUGCUUGAGACAUAACUCUCCAGUGAGGAACUGUUUGAUGAUGUCUUUGCUAUGAUUAAAGGAAAGCUCUGUCUGAUGUUGUAACUGCAUUCAGGGAUUAUCAAAGGAAACUAAAUAGUCAGUUUUUGGCCUAAAUGAUGUACCAAACUGCAUUUAAAAAUUAUUUCUUUGUUUCAUUUAUACCUUAACCAAGUUUGAAAAAAAAAUGGUUGUUAUAACUUGCUUGUGCACUUACAUCGUGUACACUGUAUUAUAGGGUUCUCUUUCUUGUACAUAUUGUGCUAGGAGUACAUAUUUAAUAGAAGGAUUAUUUCAAGUCUGCUGAAAUAUCACUUAACUUUUCAUCAUGUAAAAAUACUGUACCCAUGUAUUGCUGUUCCUGUAACUACUGACCUUGACAGUAACUAUUGUGUAUAAGAUACCAGUUUACUGUUGUAGUAAUAUUUUUGUACUGAAAUAUUUGUAGAAUUGACCUAAUGUGAUAUAUUUAUAUUAAAAUGACCAGUCUUGUGUA